AUGAAUCUUAGCCAUGUAUUUUGUAGAUCUAGAUCUAGUUCUACAUCUCCACCACUAUCUGAUGAUGCUGCCACCAUCAUAUGCAUUGCCGCCGCCACCACCACUAUUGUCAAUUGUUCAAUCUUUAAUUGUUUGACACCUCCUGUGGGUGAGAAUACCAGUUUUCUAUUGGUUGGAACAAGGGAACUCGAAUUAAUCGAGGGCAUAGUGGCCCCAUGGAUCUUGAAGCAGAGUUUGAGUGCUGAUGUCUUUAAAAGCAUGAACAAUCUCCGGGUACUCACAUGUAACGGAAAAUUCACUUCUUGUGAACCUCCCUUUCUCCCUAAUGAGUUACGUUGGUUUUGUUGGAGAUUUUACCCAUUCUCGUCUCUACCUUUGGCACACAUGAAUAAGAUAGUUGGGCUUGAAAUGGAGAAUGGCAAAAUUGAACAAUUAUGGAAGGAGGAAAAGAUUAUGCUACAGAACUUGAAAUUCAUUCACCUGCAUUUUUGUGGGUCCCUAAAAAGGUUUCCAGAUGUAUCGGGGGCACCGAAUAUUGAGAGUUUGAUUUUGUAUGGUUGUGAGAAUAUGGUGGAGGUUGAUGAGUCUGUGGGGAGUCUAGAGAAGCUUUUUCACUUGGAGAUUAUUCGUUGCUCUAAACUCAAGUGUUUCCCAUCCGUGCUCCAGAUGAAAUCCUUGGAGACCCUCAUUUUGCGUGCGUGUUGGUCUCUUAAAAUAAUCUCAGAAUUCUCACCAUGUAUGGUUAAUCUGUCUAAUAUAGAUAUUAGCAACAUGGGUCUUGAAAAAACAAGUUUUAAGAGCAUUCUAAACUCAAUUCAGGAGUUAAAAUGUCUCAACACCCUUCGCAUAGACUCCAUUCAUAUUCAUGCUUUGACAAAUUUUUGUUACUUGAGAAAGUUAUAUCUUCGCAAUGAUCUCGGAGACAAUGAUUUCCCCAAAAAUCUUCGUGGACUUUCUGCCUUGGAAGAAUUACAUAUAAGUUUCAACUCUAAAUUAAUCCAAUUACCUGAAAGCAUCUCCCAUCUUUCUGGUCUUAAACACCUCCUCAUCAGGUAUUGCAAGGGGCUUAAAACUUUACAUGGCCUCCCAACAGGAAUACAAGUAUUGACAGUAGAUGAUUGCGGAUUGCUGGAAAAGAUUGAAGAUUUGUCAAAAUUGUACAAGUGUUUGAAUAAGAUACAAAUUUUACGUUGUGCGAAACUGCUAGGAGAUAAAGAAAGUGGAAGAUACUUGGAUAACAUGUUCAACCAAUCUCUCCUUAAGAGGUGGGCUGCAGUUGAUGGUUGUUUGAUGAUCGAUGUUCCUGGAAGCAAUAUUCCAAGUUGGUGCAAAGCGCAACAGGAUGGGUGCAAGAUAUCAUUAAAGUUACCUCCCAAUUGGCAAACUCAAAUUAUUGGGUUUGCUAUCUUUUGUGUUUCAAUAAGGAUGUUACUACAUCCUGGUAUAAAUUUGAAAUUUCAAAAUGAUGAAAUGUUGGUUUCAAAGUCGGAGGCAAAUAAUAAUAUAAAUGAAACAGAAGAAGCCGAUGAAUCCGAAGUUGAAUCCGAAGAUGAAUCCGAUGGAGCUUAUUGGAGACUGUCGACUGGUUAUAUACCGUAUAAAUUUUUUGAGCAGUUCCAUGGAGGCAAUGAUUAUGAUUUUGAAGGGGAAAAUUGUUUUCAUAAGACUGAAGCUAAUCUUGUCGUUGAAAUACCAAACUAUUGGAGGCAUGUGGUUAGGUGUGGGGCAAAAGUUGUCUACAAAGAAGAUGUGGCAUCCGUCCAACAAACCAUUCCCUCCCUUUCUUCUUCUAGUUUUUAUUGGAGCUGGAAGCUUACAAAUGAAUUCCCCAAUUCAUUCGAGUGUAGGGAAGAAUGA